UAUUAAAAAAAUCAAUAAAAUCCAAAAAUAAAACAAAAAAGAAUUACUCCAGCUGUGCAAGGAUCAUAUUGAUUUGCUUCCGCUAUAGUCUUCGUCCCUCCUUCACCGUAUUAGGGUUUUCCGAAUCCCAAUUUCCUCAAACCAACACUGAACCCCAUUAAUACGACCUCUAGUUUUUGCGUUUUCGAAUCCUACAUUUCUCUCUAUCCAACUAUACAAACGAAUAUCAGAACUCUUCAAUAUUUUCGCCUCAUCGGUUCCGCGCGAAAUCAAUUAAACUUCGAUCAUCACUGCCAUUAUUUAUGGCUUCUUCUUCGGUAAUCACUCCCGAAGAUGUUUUGGAAUCGCUUAUGAACGACGGUACAAUUGAUGCUCUUAGGUUAAAGAUCAUCAACCAGCUUAAAGCCAAUGAGGAACUAAAAAGUACUACUAUAAAGAUGGCUGAACAGAGUAAGGUUCUCAAUACCCCUGGGGCUGAGAAACAAACCAAAAGAGAGCUCUUUGAUGCUCUUCGCCAAGAACUUGAAGCUUCUGUACUUGAGAAAGCUUCAAAAUCAGUUUGGGAUUUAAUUUUAGACAACAAUGGCCUGGGGAAGGAGAUAAGUGAGACAGUUGAAAGAGUGUUUUGCCGAUUGAGUGGCCAGGAACCUCCUUUAUUUCCGCUUCUAAAUGGAGAACCCCAACCCGAAAAGGAGGCUGACAGCAGAAAAGAAAAAGGUAAAGGAAAGCAGAAAGAAAACGAAAAUACGGGUUUGAUUACUCCUCCAUCAAAGAAAAGAAGCUUCGGUGAAUUAAAUUUGGAUGGUGCAGAUGAAACUGCCACCAGGUCCUCUGAUCCCGUAGCGAUAUCAGAAGUUUCUGGAAAAUCGCCUUUAUCAAUUUCGAAGACUUGAUUAGUGAGUUCAACAAGUUUAUGUAAUGGAAGUAAUCACAUCUGGUAAAUAUAUUAAACUUGUAGGACUUCACUGGAGUUCAGAGGAAUUGUUCCAGCCACCAAAGCCGUGUAUUAUGCCCUGAACACCUUGUAUGCCUUACAUAUAGUUUAGGAGUUUGAAUGAUGAAACUUUAUCAAAGUCUGCUGUUGAAUCACCAAUUUUUCAUCGUUAAACUUGAUAAGGCUAGGAGAUGCGUGGAUUGUGAUUUGAAUGUCGUGGUUCAUACUAUGAGAAAUAUGAGAAAUAUUAGCAACACAUUUUAAGCAUAA